ACAGAUCUGCCACAUGUCUGGCUGGUACUCCAUGCUGACUGAGGUCCUAGCAUGCGACGCCUGUAGAAAGGCUGCAAAGGAGUCGGAAGAGCAUACUUUUGGUCGUUACCUGUUAUGGGAUCAGUGCAUCCUUAACCAGCUCAGUCCAGCUCACAGAGCGGUGUUUCCUGCUGUCUUGACGCUACGGCGUGGCGUGGACAAGCAGGUGAUCCGUCUGAUGAGGGAUCGCACUGAGGGAAACACCAUGGUGAAGGUUUGGAGACAGGUGCAGGAGAGCCACUGCGGGGACUAUCUGCAGAGAAAGGACUUGUACACCACUCUUCUCAGCCAGUACAACAAACCUGGGAAGAUCAUCAGCGCCUUGAACAAGCUUGACCUCGAUGACCGCAGCAUCCAACAAUUCGACAGCCUCUACUCUGCACGCUGGGGCAAUGCUCUGUUUGGCCGCACCAGUGGAGAUCCGACUGAGGCGUCCCUGGUGCAGAAGUUCAAGUUCAGCAAGCGGUACUCAGCCGCACACUUGGUGGACUCCAGAAAGGACCGGCUGAUGUACUGCCUGGUCAAACAGCUGUGGCUUCAUCCUGGUGUUGGAGGAAAAGCUAAAGGGUCACCGCUGAAACAGCAGAUCACUAAACUGUACCAGCGUGUGCAGCAGAGAGUGACGGUGGACGAUGAUCAGCUCAGCAAACUUGGGAUUCCCAUCCUGAAAAUAAAUUCAAAGUGCGUGAGCGAGUUCAUCAGGAGGCAGGAGGCGCUGUCAGCCACAAAUGUCAUCGACCAGGGUCUGUCUGUCCUCCGUCGUCACCAGAGCGUCUCCAGCACCAGCCAGCCCCCCGCUGAGGAGCUUCCAGAAGAAAGACCCCAUACCAGCCGGCCUCCAGUGCAAUAUCCUAUCACCACUUCUCUGGCCGGCACCCGAAAGUUGAAGCAAAGGCUCCCGCAAAUCUUACCUGUCCCUCCCUCUGCUCUUGCUCAACCAGUUCCUGCGCCGGCCCAUUCAAUGCCCGCAGGUCUCCGGCACACACACACUCCGCUGACUGCACCUCCCGCUGUUUCCUUGCCGCAGGCAUCCACUCCGCCACUGUUGCCCUCAAGAUCAACAGUCUAAAAGAGGAAAAAGGCAGAACUCAGUGGCUCUGGACAUCCAACCUCAGUGAAGGUUUACAUCUGUGCUCUGUGUGGCCAACCAACUCAAGGCCACAAGAAAUACAGAAAGAAGAGCUACUGUGAGAGCUCCAAAGCCUCCACAUUCACAAACCUUGCUGGGCAGACGUUUGACUGUUUUGAAGACUUUAAAAGGGCUGUGGACGUUCUCUUGGGCUCUCAGUCUCAGGCCUCCGAGUCUGUCUAACUGGACCUCUAUCCAUGUUAUUGUUGCAAAAAUGUAUAUGUUAUAAUAACAGUUGGUUGUUUGAGAGUUUACAGUGUUUUACACUAAUUUGUUAAUUUUUGCAACACUGUUAUUGAUGCAUAAAUGUUAUAUUAACAUUUAUUUGUUUUAAAGUUUACAGUUUUUUACAGUUUGCACUAAUUUGUUCAUUGUUGUUACACUUAUUGUUGCACAAAUGUAUGUAAUAUUAACAGUUGAUUGUUUCAGAGUAUAAAUCGUUUUAAACUGAUUUGUAGAUUGUAAUUUAUUGUUGCAAAAAUGCAACCGUUUACAGUUUGCACUAAUUUGUUGAUUGUUGUUAUUUUUUGCAGAAAUUAAUGUUUUAUUAACAUUUGAUUGUUUAAGUUUACAGUGUUUUACACUAAUUUGUU